GAGAUUCUAUUUGGAUGUAGCGAUAGGUAGAAUCCUUCAAUUAUGUAUCUUGUUCCUACGAUCAGUCUCGGCGUGGUAAUGCUCUAUAACGUCUCGUUGACGUAACCCUCCUGUCUCUAGAUAAUGCCGUAGAAAAGAAACAAUGUGCAUUGUUGAUCCCGAGAAACAAGCAGUACUCCGGAUGAGAUGGAAUGACUUACCUAUCCACCACGACCCACAUCGGCAUCUCUCCAUCCAACGACAUCCACGGUAGAUAAACGUCCAAACAUGGCGCUGCGAAUCUCAACCCUAAGACCACCCGCCAACCGGAACGUCUUCCAGUCUAGGAGAUUAUAUCCAGUCCGGGCGUUGGCCCACACACAUGGUCAACAUCAAUCCACCCCUGACGCUCCGAAGCGGUUCCCCGAGUUUCAGCUCGAUGGCAGAGUGUUCGCCGUGACCGGUGGAGCGAGAGGAUUGGGCCUGACGAUGGCGGAGGCGUUGGCUGAGGCUGGCGGAGAGGUAUACUGCUUAGACCGGCUUCGCGAGCCGGAGGACGAGUUCCACGCGGCGAGAGAACGCGCACGACCGGCGUUCGGCGGCGCCCUGCACUAUCGACAAGUGGAUGUCCGCGACGAGAAAAACACCACCGAGACGAUGCGAUCGAUCGCCAGCCACAACAACCGCCUGGAUGGGCUGAUUGCCGCGGCAGGCGUCAACCACGUGCAGUCUGCGAUCGGGCACACGGCGAACGACGUCGAGCGGCUGGUGGGUAUCAACUACACGGGGUUAUUCACGACGGCGACGGCGGCGGCGGCGCAGAUGCGCGAGCGGGACAUGGCCGGGACGAUUCUGCUGGUGGCGAGCAUGAGCGGGCUGAUUGCGAACAAGGGCAUGACGUCGGCGAUCUAUAACUCGUCCAAGGCGGCGGUGGUGCAGCUGACGCGCAGUCUGGCGAUGGAAUGGGGACGCGGCGACGGCGUGAUCCGUGUCAAUUGCCUCUGUCCGGGACACAUCGAGACGCCGAUGGCGCGGAUGGUGAUGGAACAGAAGCCGGAGACGAAGCAGAUCUGGGAGUCGGAGAACAUGCUGGGACGGCUGGCGCGGCCGGAGGAGUUUCGAGGGAUCACGGCGUUGUUGAUGAGCGAUGCCAGUAGCUAUAUGACGGGGACGUCGAUCGUGGUGGAUGGUGGACACACGGCGUGGUAA